AUGACCAUCACAAUUAUCCGUCAGGCACCGUCCAUUGGUGAGACACGUAUCCGCUAUACCCAGCAAAACAUUUCGCUCCAUGUUACCCCGCCAUCAACACUGAUCCAGAAUCCUGGCACUCUUUAUAUUGCUGAUGAAUGUCUUUCUUUCUUCUCUACUGAAUCUAAUACUGGAUUCUCGAUCCCCUAUCCAUCCAUUAUUAUCCACGCUAUCGCGCGUGAGUCACAUGUUGGACCAAGUAUUUAUUGUCAGCUUGAGGGUUCUCUGGCAUCGUCUGGGCCGUCCUUAAAUGGGAAUGGCCACACUAACAAUAACUCCACGACUGGGGAUGGUGAGGAGGAAGACGAUGAGGAGGAUCCUGUCCUAGAACUUAGCUUUGCACCAGCUGAUGUGUCUACAUUGGACACGAUCUAUGAAAGCCUAUCGUAUUGUGCUUCGCUUCAUCAGGAUGAGGACGCUGAGGACUACAACAUGGAUGAGGAUGAAAUGUACGACGAUGAGAAUGAUCACGACGGGCUCUAUGCGGAUGCAGAUAUUCAAGGGGGUUAUGUUCCAAAGCCAAAUGGCCCUACAGUUACUGAAGUUACGCCAUCGUCCACAAGCGCAGCCGCAAUAGCGUCAGAGCCAACUGACGAUCAAAUAGUAGAGUCAAUUCCAGCUGUAGAUCUGCAGAAUGGAGAGUGGUACACAGGUAAUCCCGAGGUCGAUGCCAAGUUCGAGCUGAGUGAACAAGGCCAGGUAAUAGUCAAUCAAUGGCGUCAGAAUGAAAAAGAACACCAACAACAGGAGAAUGUGUCUGGCAAAACGGCCGUAGCAAUACCAGGAAAGCGUGUACGGGAGGAGGCUGAAGGUGGAAAUGAUCAGGAUAUGGAUCCAGUGGGAGAAGGAGAGAAUGAAGACGCAAAAGAGUAUACAGAGGAAGAAUCACAAGAAGCACGGUCGAAGAUGUGGCGCAUUCAUUAA